CGGAUGUGGAAGGUUAUAGUCGGGCAGGUCACAUCCGGUGUAUGCUUUAACUCUGUCGCCUCUCAGUUUAGCUUUAACUUCAGUCUCGACCCGUUUAAAGUUAUUUCCAGCCGUCAUGUCUCGGGGCUCGACUGCAGGGUUUGACCGCCACAUCACCAUCUUCUCUCCGGAGGGAAGACUCUACCAAGUCGAGUAUGCCUUCAAAGCCAUCAACCAGGGAGGACUGACGUCCGUAGCGAUCAGAGGGAAGGAUUGUGUUGUGGUUGUCACACAAAAGAAAGUUCCAGACAAGCUGCUGGACUCCAUGACAGUCACACAUCUGUACAAAAUCACAGAGAAGAUUGGCUGCGUUAUGACUGGAAUGACAGCUGACAGCAGGUCUCAGGUGCAGAGGGCACGGUAUGAAGCGGCUAACUGGAUGUAUAAAUACGGCUAUGAGAUCCCCGUGGACAUGUUGUGCAAACGCAUGGCUGACAUCUCGCAGGUCUACACACAGAACGCUGAGAUGAGGCCUCUAGGCUGCUGUAUGAUGGUGGUCGGGCUGGAUGAAGAGUUGGGUCCGCAGCUGUAUAAGUGUGAUCCAGCCGGCUACUACUGUGGCUUUAAGGCCACGGCAGCUGGAGUCAAGCAGACAGAGGCCACCAGCUUCCUCGAGAAGAAAGUCAAGAAGAAACUGGAUUGGACCUAUGAGCAGACCAUAGAGACGGCCAUUUCAUGUCUCUCAAGCGUUCUGUCCAUCGAUUUCAAGCCCUCAGAGCUGGAGGUGGGAAUCAUAACUACAAAAGAGUCGAGAUUCAAGAUUCUGUCAGAGGCUGAGAUCGAUGUCCACCUGGUGGCUUUGUCUGAGAGAGAGUGAGGAAAGCUCUGAAAAAGGAUGAACGGCAACACCAAAACCCUCCCCACCUCCCUCCCUCCACACACCAGGUCUCUCUCAUCCCAGAAGGAAGAUUAAUGAAGAGUCGGUAUGAUCUUGAUCAGAAUGGCCGGUAUCGCACAGUGGGGUUGAGAGACACGCAACAAUAUGAAACAUCAGUCCGACAUGCCCCUUUGGAUGGAGCGCAGCCCAAACGACUUCAGUCGAUGAGCGUGACGUGAGCAGAUCUGAAGAACAGGGUGGGGUACCGCUCCAGCACUAUCUCUGUCGCGGACUUUGUUGUUCAGCAGCUUCUCGAGCCACUGCCAACAGAGCUUCCAAUCUCUUUUACUCAGGGCUGCUGCGACGUGCAUCUCCCCCCGUUUUCUAUAACCGACUCGAAAGUCUCCCCCGUCUGCCGCCACUGAUGUACAUUACUGCACUUCUAUUAAAUGCAAUGUUUUUACCGAA